UUGCAUCUUGUGUAUGGCGUGGUUAAGCUUGCAGCCUGUCACCUCGGCCUUCCUCCAUUUUGGGCUGGUUACUUUUGUGCUGUUUUUGCAUGGUUUGCAGGUGGAUGCUGGCCUGACGGGAGACUCAACCAGUUCAGUACAAAACAGCUCGUGUUCAGGAUCUUUUGACUGCAAGGAAGGUGUUAUCCUGCCAAUAUGGUACCCAGAAAACCCAUCCCUUGGGGACAAAAUUGCUCGUGUUAUCGUAUACUUUGUGGCACUGAUCUACAUGUUCCUUGGAGUCUCCAUCAUUGCAGAUCGUUUCAUGGCAUCUAUAGAGGUCAUUACAUCACAAGAGAAAGAAAUCACAAUUAAGAAACCCAAUGGAGAGACCACGACGACCACCAUUCGGAUUUGGAAUGAAACUGUUUCCAACUUGACCCUCAUGGCUCUGGGCUCCUCUGCUCCUGAGAUCCUUCUGUCUCUGAUAGAGGUGUGUGGGCAUGGAUUCAUAGCUGGAGACCUGGGGCCGUCUACAAUUGUUGGCAGCGCUGCUUUCAAUAUGUUUAUCAUCAUUGCCAUCUGUGUCUAUGUGAUCCCUGAUGGGGAAACCAGAAAGAUAAAACACCUGAGGGUUUUCUUUGUCACAGCUGCGUGGAGCAUCUUUGCUUACAUCUGGUUGUACAUGAUCCUUGCUGUCUUCUCUCCAGGUGUGGUUCAGGUCUGGGAAGGUCUGCUCACACUUUUCUUCUUUCCACUUUGCGUCCUUCUGGCUUGGAUAGCAGAUAGACGUUUGCUUUUCUAUAAGUAUAUGCACAAAAAGUACCGUACUGACAAGCACAGGGGCAUUAUCAUAGAGUCAGAAGGUGAUCACCCUAAGGGAAUUGAGAUGGAUGGCAAGAUGAUGAACUCCCACUUCCUGGAUGGAAACUUAGUGACUCUGGAGGGGAAGGAGGUAGAUGAAUCUCGCAAAGAAAUGAUCCGAAUCCUUAAGGACCUGAAGCAAAAACACCCGGAAAAGGACUUGGACCAGCUGGUAGAAAUGGCUAACUACUAUGCCUUGUCUCAUCAACAGAAGAGCAGAGCCUUUUAUCGCAUUCAAGCUACCAGAAUGAUGACAGGAGCUGGCAAUAUUCUGAAGAAGCAUGCGGCCGAGCAAGCCAAGAAGAGCACCAGCUUGCAUGAGGUGCGGCCAGAUGAACCUGAGGAAUUCAUCUCCAAAGUUUAUUUUGAUCCAUGCUCCUACCAGUGUCUUGAGAACUGUGGUGCCGUUCUCCUGACAGUGGUGCGGAAGGGAGGGGACAUGUCCAAGACCAUCUAUGUCGACUAUAAAACAGAGGAUGGCUCUGCCAAUGCUGGUGCUGAUUAUGAGUUCACAGAGGGGACUGUUGUCUUGAAAUCAGGAGAGACCCAGAAGGAGUUCUCAGUGGGAAUUAUUGAUGAUGACAUCUUUGAGGAAGAUGAGCAUUUCUUCGUGCGGCUCAGUAACCUCCGUGUGGUGGAGAGUGAGGAACCUCCGGAGCUCAGUAACUCCCCGUACCCAAAGGCCAUAUUGGCUUCUCCUUGUGUAGCCACAGUGACUAUUCUGGAUGAUGACCAUGCUGGCAUCUUCACAUUUGAGUGUGAUGUUAUACAUGUCAGUGAAAGCAUUGGCGUGAUGGAAGUCAAAGUCCUAAGGACAUCAGGUGCUCGGGGUACAGUCAUAGUGCCAUUUAGGACAGUAGAAGGGACAGCGAAAGGAGGUGGAGAAGACUUUGAAGACACUUACGGGGAGUUGGAGUUCAAGAAUGAUGAAACUGUGUAAGUACCCCAUUCGUUUCU